ACAAGUAUAUAAUGAUGCCAGCCAUCUGGCAUAGGCUCCAGAGACUGUUGCAACAAUGAAGACUCUGCUUGGUACCCUGCUGGUGGCAUUCGUAUGCACAGGAACAGUGCACUCCUUGUGGUGCUACCGGUGUGAAAAUGAACCUUCCAACUGGAACUGUAUGAAGAUGGUGAAGUGUGCAGAAACAGAAAACUACUGUACCACAGUCAUCUCCACUUCAGGAAUAGGCAAGAACAGUGCAUACCAGCUUAGUAAGAGAUGCACUCCAACUUGUACAGAGAACUUCAUAGACACGGGCGUGACCUCCGUCUCGACUAAAUGUUGCAACCAUUCCCUCUGCAACAUCAGUGGGGCCGCCAGUGUGAAAACAAGUGGCCUGGUGUUGGCUAUGGGCAUCCUGGCUAGUUUCUUCUACAUUUUCCGGUCUUCCUUGUGAGGAAGUGUUGGAAGGGGGAACCUCAAAUUUCCCACCUAAAAGACUAGCAAACGUCGUUCCCCUUGCCACGUUUAAGAUCAAGAAUUCCCCAUGGACAGCAAACGCUUUCUCCUGGAGCAUUGCAGAGGGGAUAGUUGCCCUAAAUGCUAACACUGCACUAUGGUGGGUGCCUUUCUUGGCCCACCUCUAUGUCAGGUUCUUAUGUUAUUACUUGUUCUUGCAGGGCAUGGAGCUUCUUUUUGUAAAUAUCCUUGCCAUUGGCCCCCUCACAUCUGCCCAGAACCCUCUUACUCCUCUUUGCUGCCCUAGUAAAUUCUGCACUGGAAAAUUGGCAAACAGCAGGCUGCAGAUGGGGGUUUGCAUAUCUUGAUGCCCCCAGCCAGUUGACUGUGUUGCUCCUUCAUCCCUUGAUAUACCUCUCUUACAAUUCCCCCCCCAGUAACCAGAUAAAGCAGCUGAUGAUUCUUGUCCUCCAAUUGCCCCAUCAUUUGGCUCCAAAGCUUCCGGUCACUUCCAGAAAACCUGUUUAUUGAGCAUUCAUUCUGAUUUGUUUGCACAAAGUUUGUGGGGAGGUUAGAUGAUGUCAGCUAUUUAUUGAGCAUACAUUCUGAUAGGGGAGGUUAGAUGAUGUUGCAUGAAGCAAAUGUUAUCUCACGCUUUCCAGUUCAUUUCCCUGUCCUUGUUGCAAAAAGUCCCGGGGGGGGGGGGCGGCAGCGGCGAAGGAGAGCAGGCUUGUUUGUGCAAGAGCUCUCCAUCAAUUCUGUGCAGCUGCAGUCUGUCAGUCUGUCAGAAUGUGAGUGAACCCUACCUGAAAUUGGCGACAUCUGCCACAUGGACUCAAGCUGGUUCAGUGACCAUUCCUUCUUACCUUUCCCAGGCAAAUAAUUCUACUUGGGGAAAAAUGCGUGUGUGCAUUUUGGGUGGCAGUUGCUAGAGAUGCUACACCAAUCUUACAAUUCCUGGGAUUCCAGUAGAACCAGGUUUAUAGUAAACUGUAACUGGAUCAGGCCAGGCCGCACUGGUUGGAGGGGCACAGGGUCAAAAGGCAGAGGUGAAAAGGGGGAGCAUUUGCCUGGCAUCUCUCUGGGAGGGAGAAGGCUGAAGCAGACGGAGGCUGAAGAGACACGUCCUGCAGACUUGUCUCUCCUGCUUUGCACCUUCCUCCAGAUUUGAUGUCCUAUUCUGCUGUUUUGUUCCUGUGAUUUGUAAAGUUGGAUGACGUUAAUAAAGUUUUGCCACUUAA